AUGUCUUCCACCACCACCACAACAACCACCCAAACCACCCUCCAGGGCCCUAAGCUUGGAAUGGCCCUCGACGGCCUUCCAACAAACUACAACGACUUUCGCGACCAACUCAACCGCGACGGGUACGCAGUCAUUAAAGGCGCAGUUCCGCGUGACCGUGCUGACAGAUAUGCCGACAAAUUUCUGAGUUAUCUCGAAGAUUUCGGCCUCGGCUUCAAACGCAAUGAUCCCUCUACAGUGAAACGGGACAUGUUACCCGUCCUCAACGAGAAGGGUAUGAUCCUUGGCUACGGCGUGACGCAUGAGCAGUGGGUAUGGGACAUUCGCGGCGAGCCUGGUGUCAUUGAUGCGUUUGCAAAAGUGUACGAGGAUGAGGAUUUGAUUGUGUCGUUUGAUGUUGUCAACGUCGGAUUCGCCAAUCGCGAAGACCUCCCCGAGAACAAACCCUGGCCACACCAAGAUCAAGACCCCGCCAAGCCCGGUUUCCGCUGCCUCCAGGGCCUCGUAAAUCUGCACCCUUGCGGCCCCAACGACGGUGGGCUCAUAGUCUGCAAAGGAGGCCAUAUACUGUCUGAACAAUUCCAUCGUGAGAUGGCCAACGAACCACGCAUCCCCGCUUGGACACCAGAAUGGUUCGGCUUCACCGACAACGGGAUGAAAUGGCUUKCCGACCACGGCCUAAAAUGGGAAAAGGUAUGCGCCGAACCAGGUGAUUUGAUUGUUUGGGAUUCGAGGACACCGCAUUAUAAUGUGCCACCGACAUCGAAACAAGAUCGUUUGGCGGUUUAUACGUGUUUUAUGCCAGUUAGGGAUGUGUCGCAGGAGGAUUUGAUUAGGAAGAAGGGUGCUUUUGAGACUAAUGAGGUAGAACGAUUGGGAACCACACACUGGCCAAACGCAAAGCAUGUUGCGCCGACGAAUGAUGCGACGAGAGAUGGAAAGCUGUGCCCUAAGAAUCGGUCCGGGCCGGUGGAGGAUCCUGUGUUGAAUGAGAGGACAUUUAAGCUUACUGGUAUUCCUUACAUCAAGGCGUCUGUUUAA